GGAGAGUGAGAGGGAGGGCGCGGAGCAGCGCUGGGCUUCUAGACCGCUGCACUGGGCUAGCAGCGUGGAGAGCAGCGGUGCGGCCGCGCCCUGGCUGAGCCUGUGCGGCUGCCUGCCCAGCUCCAACCGCCGAUCCGGCCCCCUGAGGAUGGAGGAUUCCCAGGAGACAUCGCCUUCCUCCACCAACUCCUCAGAGGAGCUCAGCUCUGCCCUGCAGCUGUCCAAGGGCAUGUCUAUCUUCCUCGACAUACUGAGGAGAGCAGACAAAAAUGAUGAUGGAAAAUUAUCCUUUGAAGAAUUCAAAGCAUAUUUUGCAGAUGGUGUUCUGAGCGGAGAAGAAUUACAUGAGCUCUUCCAUACCAUUGAUACACAUAAUACCAACAAUCUUGACACAGAAGAACUAUGUGAAUAUUUUUCUCAGCAUUUGGGAGAGUAUGAGAAUGUUCUGGCAGCACUUGAAGACCUAAAUCUUUCCAUCCUGAAGGCAAUGGGCAAAACCAAAAAAGACUACCAAGAGGCAUCCAACUUGGAACAAUUUGUGACACGGUUUUUAUUGAAGGAGACUUUGAAUCAGCUGCAGUCUCUCCAAAAUUCUCUGGAAUGUGCCAUGGAAACUACUGAAGAGCAAACCCGUCAAGAAAGGCAAGGGCCAACCAAGCCAGAAGUCUUAUCGAUUCAGUGGCCUGGAAAACGAACAAGUCGCCGAGUGCAGAGACACAAUAGCUUCUCCCCCAACAGUCCUCAGUUCACCGUCAGCGGUCCAGGUUUGCUGGACGAAGACAACCAGUGGAUGACUCAGAUAAACAGACUCCAGAAAUUAAUUGACAAACUGGAAAAGAAGGAUCUCAAGCUUGAACCACUGGAAGAAGAAGUUAUUGAAGGGCAUACUAAAUCUCACAUCAUGCUCGUGCAGCGUCAAAUGUCUGUGAUUGAAGAGGACCUGGAAGAAUUCCAGCUUGCUCUAAAACACUAUGUGGAAAGUGCUUCCUCCCAAAGUGGAUGCCUGCGUAUUUCUAUACAGAAGCUUUCAAAUGAAUCUCGCUAUAUGAUAUAUGAAUUCUGGGAAAAUAGUAGUGUUUGGAAUAGCCACCUUCAGAUGAAUUAUAGCAAGACAUUCCAAAGAAGUAAUGUAGAUUUCUUGGAAACUCCAGAACUCACAGCUACUAUGCUAGUUCCAGCUUCAUGGUGGAUCCUGAACAACUAGAUGUUCCUAGAUAUUUUGUUUAUGGUUUCAAGUGCAAAACAAGUAUUCUUAACCUAUAGUUAUUAGUAUGCACUUAAUAUGUAUCCUAUUCCUUUGAAUUUUGGUUGAAUUUUCAAAGUUCACAAUUCUCAGUAUUUGCUGCUGUUUUGCUGCAUUGUACCCUAAAACUAUUUAGUGGCAAAAAAUUAUGAUAAAGUGGGAAGUUUUAGAGUACCACUCCAUAGGACAGCUGUUGCAGAUAUCUUAUAAACGUUAAAUCAGUGUUUUGUAAAUUUUGGGUAGUUUUCUGUGAGUGAAGUUUGGUGUUCAAUAAUGUCAGCUACAUUGCCAUAAUCCUAUGAGUACCAUUACUAAAACUUUAAUAUAAGCAUAAAACAUUCUUGGAUACAAACUAUAGCCUGACAAAUGCAUACUCUAGAAACUAGUUUUCUGUGAGGGUUCCAAUUAUAUAAUUUAAAUGAAUC